UUUAAAUAUCAUCAAUUCAGUAAAAUUCAUAUGAGUCGUUAAAUACAAUUUACUGCGGACAUUGACUUUCGUCUUGUGUCCGGUGACUUACAAACACAAAAAGUUAAAGAAAAUGCUGUCAGGUUGCCGUCGUGCGCUUUCAGCCGUGGGGCAGAAUGUGCGUCAACUCCACAGGGCAGCACCCCUGGCAAGUGACAAACUCUUUGUGCACCGGCACACAGCUGACAACAACCCAGACACACCAUUUGAGUUCACUGCGGAUAGUUUAAAGAGAGCUCAGAUGAUCAUCCAAAACUACCCAGAGGGCCAUGAAAGAGCUGCUGUGAUGCCAUUGUUAGAUCUAGCUCAGAGACAGCAUGGAUGGCUGCCAAUUUCUGCAUUACAUGCUGUUGCAGACCUGCUUAAAAUGCCCAAAAUGCGCGUCUACGAAGUGGCCACCUUCUAUACCAUGUAUAAUAGAGAGCCUGUGGGUAAAUACUUCAUACAGAUUUGUACCACAACACCUUGCAUAGUCAAUGGAGUCGGGUGUGACGUCAUAUUAGACUGCAUCCAAAAAGAGCUUGGCAUUCAUCUAGGGGAGACCACCCCGGAUGGCAAGUUCAGCCUGCUGGAGGUGGAAUGUCUUGGUGCCUGUGUGAACGCCCCCAUGGUACAGAUCAACGACAACUUCUAUGAAGAUCUUACCGUUGAAGAUAUGACUAGAAUAAUCAAUGACCUGAAACAAGACAAGAUCCCCAAGCCAGGCCCACAGAGCGGUCAAGGUCACAGGUUCUCUUGUGAACCCAAGGGCGGACUGACCUGCCUCAACACGGAGCCACGGGGUCCUGGAUUUGGCAUACGAGCCGACUUAUGAACAUGCCACAGUAUAGAACUCUCAUGAAAUGAUAACAGUGCUGUGUUUUAAGUUGUUUGUGUGCAAGACUUCAGUUUGAUGAAAAAUAUACUUAACAGUGAUAACAAAAAAAUUUACAGACUGUUUUAAAUUUGUAAAUUUGUUUGCGUAAAAGCAUGAAACAUUUGUAAACAAAUGUGAUGACUUUGUCAAAGUUAAGCAAAGCAUUUUCAUUAUUAAUUAGCGAUGCAGAUUCUCUUAAAUGUGUGUAAUUUUAAAUUUUAUAACUUCAACAGUUAAGUGUUGGAGGCUGUCAGAAAUAAUAUAAUUGAUAGAAUUUGUUAUUAUUGUAAUUGACUUAUUUAUAAGGUGAAGAACUUUUUUACUAUAUUCUUUUUUGGGGAAUACGUUGAAGGAUUUUUUCUCAAACCAUCUUUUUUCUUCGUUUUCUUUCAGAUCUUACUCGCUUGAACUAAUGGUUGUUUCUAAGUCGUGGUAUCUGGUGAUGUUCUCACUCUUGAAAGAUAUUGCAAUUGUUUUGUUGGAUAGGAUUUUACAAUAAAUAAAAAAAACAACGGUA